AACGUCGAAGCAAAUGCGGCCAUAUUGCCCUCUGGCGGCCACCGUACGGACUUGACUGACAAGGUGGCGGCGCGCUCGGACGACCCGAACUGUAGGCGCAGCCAUACUUCCCGGAACGUAUGGUCUCCGCUGUCUUACGGACUGGAUGGUCAAGAUGGCGGCGACAAGGAGACAUUCGAGGCUCUAGAUGGGCGACCUAUUUGUUUGCCGCUAAGCGGUCGCGCCAGGCGUGGGGAGUGAGAGUGCGGGACCGCGGAGGCGGGACCAGUGGCGGAAGUAGUUGCGGGUGCCUUUGCUACCGCGGCCGAGGGGCUUGUUCAGCUUCGCGGGUUGCUGCGCGGGGUCCAGAGAGGGUGCUCUGUGAGCGGAGAUAUGGAAGGAGAUGGCUCAGACCUGGAACCUCCAGAUGCUGGGGAGGACAGCAAGUCUGAGAAUGGGGAGAACGCCCCCAUCUACUGCAUCUGUCGCAAACCGGACAUCAAUUGCUUCAUGAUUGGAUGUGACAACUGCAACGAGUGGUUUCAUGGGGACUGCAUCCGCAUCACCGAGAAGAUGGCCAAGGCCAUCCGGGAAUGGUACUGUCGCGAGUGCCGAGAGAAGGACCCGAAGCUGGAGAUUCGUUACCGCCACAAAAAGUGCCGGGAGAGGGAUGGCAGUGAGCGGGACGGCAGUGAGCCCCGGGAUGAGGGAGGAGGGCGCAAGAGGCCUGCUUCAGAUCCAGAACUGCAGCGCCGGGCAGGGUCAGGGACAGGGGUUGGGGCCAUGCUUGCUCGGGGCUCUGCUUCGCCCCACAAAUCUUCUCCACAGCCCUUGGUGGCCACACCUAGCCAGCAUCACCAGCAACAGCAGCAGCAGCAGCAGCAGCAGCAAAUCAAACGGUCAGCUCGGAUGUGUGGUGAGUGUGAGGCAUGCCGACGCACUGAGGACUGUGGCCACUGUGACUUCUGUCGUGACAUGAAGAAGUUUGGGGGCCCCAACAAGAUCCGGCAGAAGUGCCGGCUUCGCCAGUGUCAGCUGCGGGCACGGGAAUCGUACAAGUACUUCCCUUCCUCGCUCUCGCCGGUGACACCCUCAGAGGCCCUGCCAAGGCCCCGCCGGCCACCACCCACUCAACAGCAGCCACAGCAAUCCCAGAAGCUGGGGCGUAUCCGUGAAGAUGAGGGGACAGUGUUGUCAUCAGUGGUUAAGGAGCCACCAGAGGCUACAGCAACACCUGAGCCACUCUCAGAUGAGGACCUAGCACUGGACCCUGAUCUGUACCAGGAUUUCUGUGCUGGGGCCUUUGAUGAUCACGUACCAUGGAUGAGUGACGCAGAAGAGUCCCCGUUCCUGGAUCCUGCACUGAGGAAGCGGGCAGUAAAAGUGAAGCAUGUGAAGCGUCGAGAGAAGAAGUCUGAGAAGAAGGUGAUGGAGAGGAAGGAGGAGAGAUACAAACGGCACCGACAGAAGCAGAAACAUAAAGACAAGUGGAAACACCCAGAGAGGGCCGAUGCCAAGGACCCUGCAUCUCUACCGCAGUGCCUGGGACCUGGCUGUGUGCGCGCCGCCCAGCCUGGGUCCAAGUAUUGUUCAGAUGACUGUGGCAUGAAGCUGGCAGCCAACCGAAUCUAUGAGAUCCUCCCCCAGCGAAUCCAGCAAUGGCAGCAAAGCCCCUGCAUCGCCGAAGAGCACGGCAAGAAGCUCCUUGAACGGAUCCGCCGUGAGCAGCAGAGUGCCCGCACCCGCCUUCAGGAAAUGGAGCGCAGAUUCCACGAGCUUGAGGCCAUCAUCCUUCGUGCUAAGCAGCAAGCUGUGCGAGAGGACGAGGAGAACAAUGAGAAUGACAGCGAUGACACCGAUCUGCAGAUCUUCUGUGUCUCCUGUGGGCAUCCCAUCAACCCCCGAGUUGCCUUGCGUCACAUGGAGCGCUGCUAUGCUAAGUAUGAGAGCCAGACAUCCUUUGGGUCCAUGUACCCCACACGCAUUGAGGGGGCUACCCGACUCUUCUGUGAUGUCUACAAUCCUCAGAGCAAAACAUACUGUAAGAGGCUCCAGGUGCUAUGUCCUGAGCACUCACGGGACCCCAAAGUAAGGUUUUUCCUCAAACCCCCUGCGUCCUGUCCUACCCUGCUUCACGUCUCACACCCAUUCGUUCUUUUCCUCCCUUCUUUCUUCCUUCUCUUUUCCUGUCAGCUUCCGUUCCCGCCCUUUCUGUUUAACCAUCCCCCACGCCUACUCUUUUGUCUCCUCUUGACUCCCCUCACCUGCUCACACCUGCCUUGCUGUCUCUGCAGGUGCCAGCUGAUGAGGUCUGUGGGUGUCCACUUGUACGCGAUGUCUUUGAGCUUACAGGUGACUUCUGCCGCCUGCCCAAGCGCCAGUGUAAUCGCCAUUACUGCUGGGAGAAGCUUCGGCGAGCAGAAGUGGACUUGGAGCGCGUGCGGGUGUGGUACAAGCUGGACGAGCUGUUUGAGCAGGAACGUAAUGUUCGCACAGCCAUGACCAACAGAGCAGGAUUGCUUGCCCUGAUGCUGCACCAAACCAUCCAACACGAUCCACUUACUACCGACCUUCGCUCUAGUGCUGACCGCUGAAAGUCACCAGCCCAGAGCCUCUCAGCCCUGCAUUCAGUCAGGGAGGGGCUCUGCAUUUCAGCUCGCUCUUCCUCCGUUCAUCUGUUUAUUCUACCACCCUUAGUUUUCUUCUUACCAUCCAUGUUUUGGCUUCUGUUUGCCCUUAUCAGAAGGGUCUCUGCUUUCCCUUUGUCUCCUCUCCAUAGUCAGUGCUGGGUGAAAGUCAAGUUUACUCAGCCUUGCCUAUACCCUCCCCCAAAAUAAACAGGUUUUGUUAAUAAAAUUUUGAACAAGAA